AUGAACGAUGCUGAAGUCGACCCACCACAAAUAGAUGAUGGCAGGGACAAUGAGGCUCUUGGUUCAUCGUACGGCAGCGAUCAGCACGAUACGGAGGUUUUCUCGUAUGAUGAGGAGGACAUGAUAGUGGGAAGUCCAUCUAUUGACCUUGUCAAAGAGCUUAUGAAGCGCUUGUUAAAGGUACAAAAGCAAAUGAAGGUGGUUGCACAAAACAUACAGAGCCUGUUGAAUGGAACUUCUUCGGAGUUGCAGUCACUAGCUGUAAAUAACGAAAAUACCAUGGAAAGCACGGUGUCACUCUUGCGACAAUAUGAUGAAAUUCACCUUUUUCUCUGGGGGCGUAUGGCUAAAUUGCUUCAUGAAGAGCAUCAGCAAUGUGCCGAUGUGUACACUGAUACAUUGAACCUGCAUGAUCGGCUACCAUUUGAGUCUCUUACUCAUACAAUUCAUCAUAACACUGCUUUUUGCGAAUACAUGGGUGAAUUGAUAAAUAUCAACAUGCAGCUUGCAGACACCUUUACGAAUAGUGAAAACGAGCCUCUGAAGCAGAUCAUGUCCCAACACAUCAAGACUCUGGAGAAGUCCCAGAUUCUUGCCAAUUUUGCUGCCUUGUUGGUUGUGGAGGGUUCACGCGAGAGUUUUUUGGAUCCUUUGUCCAUGUAUGACCUUUGUAAGGUUAUUGUUGAGGAGGAAAAUAGGCGAAAGCGCCUCUUGGCACUAUCAUUAUCGUUUAGCAUGCUCGAACAAGAUGACCAAGCCAUAGUUGAAGCUCUUAGCCAGCAGCUUCCUCAGAUUUUGUUGCAGCGGAGCAGGCACCUUGUUCAUCGAAUUUUUGGUUAUCCUGGGAAACAAAACCUCACAAACCCUCGAGAGGGCAAGGGUUCACCAUUUAGGUAUUACUCCGCCGUAAUCCAGAGUAAUCCGACUUCGCCUAUUAGCUCGAGAAGGGCGUCACCAGAGGUUGUGGGUAGAAAUACAACUACUGCUGCAGGAGUGGCACCGCCCUCAAGUUCAGCAUCAGCCCCAAUGAAUAAUGAUAGUCCAUCCUCAGACACCGCGAAUGCACGGAUGGACACUGCUUCCGAAAUACAAAUACGAGAACGGGAAAUAACUAAUACGGGGUAUGAAAAACAUCUAUUUUCAAGAAUAAAGAAUGCACGUGAGAAUCAAGAGGGUGAAUCGGCAGAGCGUCCAGCUAAGAGGAGGAGAUUGGAAGGAGCGAACCGAGAAACAGACUACCAGGAAGAAAUUGAAUAUUGGCAACCACAAAAAGGGGAGAAAGUGGGUCGAGGCCCUGCAUGGGGUUUUGAAAAUCAGGCUGAGGAUUGUGAUGUUGGUGAAGUCUUGGGAGUAACAACCACGGAUGAAAUUUUAGUUAAAUGGCUAAGAAAUGUGGAUUCUGCUGCGGAUAACGAUACCAAGCCUCGUGUUUUCCGUUACAAAUACAAAAAACCGCAUGAUGAAGUUGUUUUAUGGCAACGAUUUUUAACCAUGAAAACCAUGAGGGCAGAGGAUAUUGACUUUAAACUGGAGGAAUUUAUGUUAAAUUGCGCCGUUAUAGGAGCUAUUUGUCAUCAACGAGAGGCCAUACUCCCAGCACUUCAGUUUCAGGCGAUUGAAUCCAUGAUUCAGGUUCUGGAUAGUGUUGAUUUAGCUGCUGCCGCGGCGAAGGCGAUAACUGCUGAAAAAAAUGCCGAUGCCCGAGAAAGGACCCUUUUGGGAAUGGAAGAAGAAGAUGGGGCUGUGGAUGAAGAUGCAUUAGAAAUACGUUUGCGAUGGGACACAAUAUUGCAUAAUACGAAGGAGCACUAUCGUCAGACGAGGGAAAUUGUAGCAAGGGUAGGUUGGGUGUUGAAUGCCUUGCUUUCCCAUAGGAAAUUGGCGUUGGUUUUCCUUGAAUUAGGCGGAUUGAGACGGAUUAUGACGUUGAUUGACGCAAAUCUAGAAGUUUCAACUAACUAUGGAUGCUGUAUUGUGUUGUCUCAACUCGCAAGAAGCUCCGUUUUUGAAAAACUUCUUCGAAACCAUGGAGAGUAUUUUGAACCCGUGAUGAGUUUUAUUCUGCAUCAUUGGAAAAAUGCCUCUAGUCAAGAUGUACAAAGUAGUGCUGGUGGUUUUCUUUUUCAGGCUUUGAGCUUUCCUUGUGUUAUUUCAUUCUUUGACAUGCACGGGGGUCCACAGGCAACUAUGAGUACAAUCGAACGACUGUUAAACAGCUCAGAAGAACAAUUUGAUGUUUUUUAUCCGGGCUUGACGCUGGCUGCACUAAAGUGUUUUUACGUCUAUCUAGUCUCUCAUUUGAUGCUUUGCACAAGAGUUCUCUUUCGAAAACACCAGUUUUUAUCAGCUCUUGUAACGAAUUCUUCUCAGGGGACGUCGUUACCUCGGGAACCAGCAACAGUUGAAUGGAUAUUGAGUUUUCUUUCUUUUACUUCCGCAUCUAUUCCUGACGUGUCGAUUGAAACUGUUCACAGCCUAUUGACGCGAGAGAGACUGGUGAUUUUCCGAACUUUAAUUGAAAACAAUUUUCACCAACUUUUACUUCGAUGUACCCAAUUCUACUUUACUCAGGGUCGUUGGGAGUUGCUUGCGGCUUCCUUGAAUGUUCUGUGUGUUUUGUCGGUGGUUCCUUUUGUCCGUCCCUUAAUUGCAGAUGCACGGUACCCGGAGUCUGGAAUUGUGCAUUUGAUUAUGAUAGUGAGCGAUUUGGCUGCUGCGUCUCGAAACGGGAAUACGUCUCGUGAAUCACACUUAAUUCCAUGUGUGGCUACCGCGUUGCAGAUCUUGUUGCAUCUAACAGUGCCUCCCAUUGAUAAAACUGAUGAGGCAUCUGUAGCUGCAUUUAAUCAGAUCUGUAGUAUAAUCAGGGCCAGCGAUGGUGUUCGAACCUUGUUGGAGGUUUUGAAGAUUAGAAAGGAUGCAGCGAUGUCAGCCAAACUUCAUAUUUUUCCAGUCAUCGCUCGGGCUCUACAGUUGAUGGUAACUCUGCGACGUUAUGCUGACACGAGUCUCCUUUUUGACGCUCUAGGAGUGAGUUUAGUGGCCAGGGAAUUGUUGAAACAAUACGAGGAUGUUCAAAAGGAAUUUAUUUCCAUGAUGGGGUCUCGUCAUACUACGAGCGAUGUACAUGCAACAGGUCGUUUUAUGGAAAACGUUAAAUGUUUUAUCCUUGACAAAGCGAAUCAGGCCGCUUUAACGGUUUCUGUAGAUUCUCUGGAAUUGGAACGACGACAAGCCAUUAUUGCUCGUUCACACAUUAGUUAUUCACGGGAAUCUUUGUUGGAACUCAUUUCCCGUUACUUGGAAUCUGAGGGGUUGCAAAAUUCAGCUUCAGUUCUGCGCCAUGAUGCCCACCUUUCCUCAGAUGCCUCGCACCUGCAAACAUCGAUGCAUGCGACUACAGAUGUCGCGGCCUUGCCGACCAUUGGUGCACCUACCCUUGACGGUAUCAUACGCUCGUAUUUGCGACAACAACAUGAGAAUUGUACCAACCCGAUUUCUACCCUUCCUCAAUUUGAUUUGCGCAAAAGUCAUGUGUAUUACCCAUUGACUGCUGUUGACCACACACGCAAUGCGUUUAGCCGUGGGCUAGCUAAAAAAAUGGGUAGUGACUUUUCCUUACGAAUGAGAAAUAAUGAAAAUCAUUUUAUCUACCGACACCCAGGGCAUUUGUUUGAUAUCUCGUGUGAUGAUGAUGGAAUGCAAGGAGAGGCGAUCGCAUUCUGUGAUGGGGGGGACACAUUAAUUGUGGGAACAACAGAAGGAGCGAUUGCCCUUUUUGAUACAUUUCCAGAUGAUUCUUCUGGGGAAAAACUACUGGAACAGCACCUUGUCUUUGACAACAAUAGUGUGGCUGGCGUUUUUGUGUCUGGUAACGGGGAGAUGCUUGCGAUAUUGAGCAGCGAAGACACCGUAGCUGUUAUGCGGCGUGAUACGCUUCCAGUCGUCAAAUACUCUGUGGAGGAUAGCCGUGCUGCGCGAUUUUCUACUUCCAAUGAGUUUCUACUCACUACGUGUCAUGAACCUCACACAUGCCGUCUUUAUGAUAUCUCGGCUCAGCAAGAGGUGCGCCAAUUCAGUGACCCGUCAUGGGUUGGAGAAAACUGGGACAAUGUGGCUACAUUUGAUGCCUUUUCACAGCUUAUUCUCAGUGACGCCGUUCUGUGGGAUAUUCGUUGUGGUGACAAGCCAAUCUACCGUUUUGACAGGUUUACGGAGUCCUUUUGCAAUGCCUUUCAUCCUUCUAACCUGCUCGUGCUUAUUGAUGAGAAAAUUUGGGAUUUACGGACCUUAACAAUGCUACAAACGGUGCCUGACUUUAAAAAGACUAGUAGUUUUCAUGUUAAUCCAUUUGGUGAAGUGAUUUACAGUUUUCGCAGUGUGUCACUUAGUGAAAACUCUGACUGCCCAGUUCUCUCUGUUGUGGAAAGCCACACCCUUGAGACGAUUUUUUCCACCGAGCUUCGUCCACCCUUUAGAGAGUUCGCCAUUGACCCCUCGGGGAGGUACUGCGCUGCCAUUGUUGCCCCAGACGUAGAGCCUGUAGUGCGGAUGUUUUCAGCCUCGUCUGGGCCACUCCCUGGGCAGCAGAGCUUCUCCUUCCCUCGCGGCAGUGGCGACCAUGCGAGUGAGGAAGAUAUUGGGGUGGACGAGGACGUUGACGAGGACGAAUUGGACCGAGACAGUUUCUGGUCUUCCAGCGACGCGGAUGAGACAGACGAGGAGAGCGACGAUGACAGCAGUGGCGUUGCGCGGCAGGGGCAAACAAGCGAAUCCAACGACACGAGGACCGUGAGUGGGUCAACUUCCGACGACACACGCGCUUCUGUCGAGAAUGGCACGCCGCUGGCCACAGAGGACGACACGAUGGAGGGUGAAGAGUCCGGGGAGGUGGCGGAAGGGACGGAGACGAGUUCUGACGGAUCGAUGAGUUCCACGUAA